CUGCAAAACACUUUAUAUAAAAAGAACCACGACCUACCGUCCAUUCAGUUAGAAAUCCUUCGUAAGGAAGACGAAUAUUAAAAAAAAACCGUAAAAAAUGAUGUUAUACUUUUUGCUACUCUCUGCCCUCGUUGGCAUCUCGUCAGCGGCAGCACCAGGGUUCGCUAACGGAGUUACCGGAGGGACUGGUGGUGCUACCGUCUACCCCACCACGCUUGCCCAGCUCAGGAGCUACCUCUGUGGUUCAACUGACUCAAGAGGAUAUUGCACUGACAACACAGCACGUAACAUCAUCUUGAAUAGGUCUUUCGACUUCAGAGAUAGCAUGGGUAAAACUACAGAAAGAGGAUGUUUCCACAGAAAUUGUAACGGAAAGCCUGGACCAUCCCAAGUUGGCCUGAACUUUGAUAAUUAUUGCAAUGGCCGCACGGCCACCUCGGUAACCUACGACAAAGCUGGAAGAUCAGGAACAAUCUUGGUUGGAUCCAACAAGACUCUUCUGGGUUCUGGUAACAAGGGUGCCAUCAGAGGUGCAGGCUUGAUGAUCAAGGGCGGAGUCUCAAAUAUCAUCAUCAGGAACAUCGCUAUCACUGACAUAAAUCCAGACGUCGUUUGGGGCGGUGAUGGUAUUGAUAUUGAUAACAGCAGCAGAAUUUGGAUCGAUCAUUGCUACUUUGCUCGGAUCGGCAGACAAAUGAUUGCUAUCGGUACAAAGGCUGUCCAAUGGGUCACAAUUUCAUUUAAUGAAUUUGAUGGCAAGACCGGUGCGUCAGCCACCUGCGACCACCGUCAUUACUGGGUCCUUCUUGUUUUGGGAGCUCAAGACACUGUUACUAUUUAUGGCAACUACUUCCAUAAUUCUUCUGGGCGUGGACCUCAAAUUGGAGGAUCCGGUACCCAGCAUGUCCACGUAGUCAACAACUACUUUGAGAAUCUCAGCUCUGCAGGUUCCCUUACAGCUAAAGUUGGCGCCUCUGUGCUUCUUGAAGGUAAUUACUACCAGACUGUCACUCAUCCGGUUUACAGUAGUACCACAGGUGGCGCCAUCUUCGGAUCUUACAGCGACGCUGGUACUUGCGCUAGCUAUUUAGGACGUAAUUGCAUUGGAAAUAGGGCUGCUAAAUGUAAUACCAAUUACAUGCCUGCUAAUAUAGCUGUGUUGAAUGUUUUCAAGAACUACAAAAAAUACUUGGUCAACCCUAUGCACGGCAUCAAUGUCCCAUCUUGGGUUCUUGCUAAUGCUGGUGUUGGGAAACUUUAAAGCUUAGGUUGAUCAUCACGUUUCUUUGAACUUGCUUAAAGGGCUAUAAUUUUAGGGAUGUGUCUCUUUCAGUGAAUUUUUAAGAAUUAAAUUAAACGGACUCGACCUGCUUCUAUUAGAAUUCUACGUGUGUUACCGCAUGAGAUUAGUUCGUACGAGAACAUGCAGGGCAAAGAUGUUAACUCUAGAAGGAUAACCUACGUUAAUUUUACUACCAAGCCUGGUUAUCUUUAACGUAGAUUAGAAAAAGGUUAUCUUUCUGGGGAUAAACAAAAAUUUCUUUGUUAUUUUCAAUACUAAAGAUAUAAUGUAGAAAUAGAAAUAAACAAGUCAUUGUUUGCAUUAA